AUGCCUCAAAUUCCAACACCACCGGAGUCGCGAUCAGGCUCGCCUCCUGAGGGUGAGCGGAAGACCGAGACCACGGAAUCCGAAGCUUCGGAGCUACUCCAGUCUUUGGACACGCUUCUUGAGCAGUAUUUACAUCUGCUUGAUCGGCAGCAGCAACUCCAGGCUGGACUAGCAAAGCAGCUGUCCUCGGGGUUCCUUUCCCUCGCCCACGCAAACUAUACCUGUCCUCCCGGUAGACGGUAUGGAGCGGACUACUACGAUGAACGGAUGAAAGCCACUAGGCAGAUGUAUGGUACUCCUCGAUGGCACGUCUCAACAACGACUAACCUCAAGUUCCAUAGAAUAAUCCAACACUCACACUACCUGGAUGAUGGAGAGUGCGACAAACAGGAUGAAGCCGUAAAAUCUGAUAAAGAUGAGGAAGGCUACGAGUACGCAUUCCGAGUAGAGUCCAUCUCGAAACCACGAUCGGAAGAGGCAGACCAAGAAGACUCAGAACAGACCACCAAUCAGGCUGAGGAUGCACAAAAAGCGAAUAACCCCGCAACUACGGAAAUCGAGAUCGAAAUUGAGAAGGAUUCUUUAGUUCCCCAGGGAACUGACCCCGAUCCUUCAUCGAAAAGCCAGAAAAACAACAAGAAAAGCCGGAAGUUUCUGUCUGACGACCCUAUCCACUGGUACGGAAUUCUGGUGCCACAAUCACUCCGCACGGCACAAAAAUCAUUUACAGAUGCAGUGCAAAGCCACGUGUCUGAACUAGCCGGGGCAGUCCUUGAGAUGCGUGCAUUAGAAAAGAAAAUUACAGAGAUACGGACCAAGCUCUGA